AUGACAUCACAAAAAGAUUCAAUAACUUUGCCUAAAUUAACAGAAGAAGAAGUCCGUAAGAACUUUGCGAAACUUAUUGAGGAUCACUAAACUGAGAAUCAACCUAGCUACGGCAGAUAGUUCUAGCAAUUACUAAAGCUUUAGGAAGUUAGAUUUGAAGAGGGCAUAGUUGGAAAGCUGAUCUUUACUAUCAAUAUUCCAAAAUCAUUAAAGAACAUAUUUAACAUUACUCAUGGAGGUGCAGUCGCUGCUAUCAUUGAUGACUCAACUUGGGCGGCUGUUUAUGCUUUCACUGGGAAGUACAUGUAUUCAAUGAAGCUUAUAAAUGAAUUUAUGUCUGGUGUACCUAUUGAAAAAGACCUUUUGCUUGAAGUAUAAGUCAAUAAAUUUAACAAAAACUUAGCAUUUUCAGAGGCUGUCAUCAGAGAUCCAAAGACAAAAUCACCUCUAGUAAAGGGAGGCAAUGUAAUGGCCAUUCCACCAGAAAAGAAGCACAAAAUUUGA